AUGGCAAUUCGCCAACAUCUUAUCGCCGUCUGUAUAAUCAUUCGUCGACACGGGAAAAGUGACCGGCGGCGGCGGCGGCGAAGACAACAACACGGUCCGCCAAUACAAACGUACGUCUCAUUCGAUGGUCAUUGUACAGAAAGACAAAAACGAGGAAGAGAAAGAAAGAAAGAAAGGGAAGAAAAAUUUUCUCGCUCAUUCCCCUCUCCUCAAGAGAAACACUCACUCAACACAACUCAACGUAUUCUUCUCGAUUUUAAAUAUAGACAUGACCAAUUGUUAAUCAAUGGAUAA